CGCUCUUGUUUAUCUUAUUACACGCUGCAAGUAGUGCCAACCAUCUGUCCCGUGGCGCCUCCGGUAGCCCAUGUGCGCCCUGUUGUCCCUUCAACGGUCAAGGAAAAGGGGAUCUGAUGGCGCCCAUGGAGAGGAUGGAACCUAGACAGCAGCAACACUACUAGCAGUCAUUUUGCCCUUUGCAGUCCCUGCCAUCCUCCUCUCGCCUGCAGGCCGGCUCCUACUUCCAAGCUCAAGGUAGUAUAUCUGCCACACAUUCCCGUUGUGUAACUGUGGGAAAGGUGUCACUUUUGGAUACGGAGUACUUCAGUUUGUGGCAACGCCAUUGCUUUCCGUGGAAUGAGCUUCAGCUAGAUCUGUCUGAUUCGGCGGUUCUCCGGCGGGGAAUCUGCGGCAAGAACAGAGCGUUGAACCGCGGUUGUGAACUCUGAUCGCGCGCGGUUGCUGGGACGAUGCAAGCGGCGGCGCGGCAGGUGGAGGACAAGGAGUGCUACAGCUACACCACCAAUGGCGCGGCCAACGGGCGGGCGCACCGCAAGAACCCGGCCGCGUCCUCCAGGCUCAAGCCGAUGCCGUCCAAGUGGGACGACGCGCAGAAGUGGCUCGUGGGCAUGUCCAACAGCGGCGGCGGCGGCGACGGGCUGCACGGCGGCAAGGCCGCCAAGCCCCGCAACUCCAACGCCGACGACCGGCGCCUCCUCAGCUCGUCCUCGCAGAACGGCCGCAUCUCCUGCAGCAGCGUGGACGGCGGGGUCGAGUACAACAUGGUGGCGGCGCCCCCGACGCCGCCGCAGCUGGGCGAGGACGACGUCGGGGAGACCAAGAACAUGGACUGCAGCAUGGUGCGGCCGCACUGCCACGGUUCGCCCGUGUCGGUGUGCCUGCGGGACAUGGGCACCGAGAUGACGCCCAUCGCCAGCAAGGAGCCGUCCAGGGCCGCCACGCCGCUGCGCUCCACCACGCCCGUCGCGCGGAGCCCGAUACCGUCCCGGUCGUCCACGCCGGGGCGGCGGCGGCAGGACGCGCCGCCCGCGGCCGCUCUUGGCUCCGACGUGGCCAGGGCCGCGGAGCAGGCCGCGGUAAGCAACAACGCCGUCAGCGGCGGCGAGGCGGACAUGGACAGCGACGGCGGCGCUCCCAGAGCCAACACGCUCGAGUCCCGCGCGGCGGCCUGGGACGAGGCCGAGCGGGCCAAGUUCAUGGCGAGAUACAAGCGCGAGGAGGUGAAGAUCCAGGCCUGGGAGAACCACGAGAGGCGAAAAGCCGAGCUGGAGAUGAAGAAAAUAGAGAUGAAGGCGGAGCAGAUGAAGGCGCGGGCGCAGGAGAAGCUGGCGAGCAAGCUGGCGACGGCGCGGCGCGUGGCGGAGGAGAAGCGGGCGGUGGCGGAGGCGACGCUGAACGAGGGCGCGGCGAGGACGUCGGAGAAGGCGGACUACAUCCGGAGGACCGGCCACCUGCCCUCCUCCUUCUUCUCCUUCAGAAUCCCCUCCCUCUGCGGCUAGGCUCAACUGCCUCCCUACACAGGACAGAUUCAUAGGGAUCACCGUAUAUGCACCUUGCCGGAGUGGAGUUCUUGCCAUGUGUAGCCACCUCCACUGCCCCACUGCUUCAUUUUGUGUCCAUUCUCCACUGUAGGGGUUGAUUGCUCGGUUGAUUGCCAAGGGAAAGAAAAUGUAGGGGUGAAUGCACUUUUAUAUGAUCCACAUAGCCUGCUUCUCGAUUCUCAACGAAGGUAGAUAAAAGUUGUGCGCCUCUGCUACAAUCAGCCAGUCAUACAUGUGCCUUGUUUGUCUGCUAGAAUCA